AUGGAUCCGUGUCCUCGGGACAAGGGCGCUGACUGCACCGGAGCAGGGCCACUGCCACGAACCAAGCGUGGCAUCGAUCCUGGCCACCGCCGGGGACAGCCAGCCAUCGACAACACAAGCUGGACCCGCUCGCUGCGUGAGGAGGAGGAGGAGGAGGAGGUGGGUCAGGCCACCAAAGCCAAGGUCCCAUCUGUAUCGGAGGUGGCAGCAUGGGAGGAGGAGGAGGAGGAGGAGGUGGGUCAGGCCACCAGAGCCAAGGCCCCAUCUGCAUUGGCGGUGGCGGUGGUGGAGGGGGAGGUGGUGGUGGUUCAGGCCACCAGGGUCAAGGGUCCAUCUGCAUCAUUGGGGGAGGUGGCUCGGGCCACCAGAGCCAGGGAUCAUCCUGGUCUGGAGGAGGUGGCGGUGGUUCAUCCAGUUCUGGAGGGUCACUGCUCAAAGAUGUGCUCCAGACAGACAUCCGGAGGAUGCCAUGAAACAUCCUUCCAGUCCAGCGGAUGCCACAGUGGGGGCUCCUGCUGCCACGGGGGCAGCUCCUCCGGCUACCAGGAACAGGGCUCCUCCUCCUGGGGGGGCAGCUGGGGUGGGAGCAGUGGGGGCUCUGGCAAGAUCAUCAUCAGCUCUGGCGGUGGAGGAGGCGGCUCCUGCUGCAGUGGGGGCUCCUCAGGCUACGGCAUGGGAGGAGGAUCCAGCGGUGGCAGUGGCGGAUCCGGCCACAAGAUCAUCAUUAGCUCCGGCGGUGGAGGAGGUGGCUCAUCUGGAUGCUGCGGUGGGGGAUCCAGUGUGGGGUCCUCAGGUGGCAAGACCAUCAUUGGAGGUGGAGGCGGUGGAGGCUCCUCUGGAUGGUGCUGUGGAGGAUCCUCAGGCAUGGGAGGUUCUUCAGGAUCAAAGAGCAUCAUUGGAGGUGGAGGCAGUGGAGGUUCCUCUGGAUGGUGCUGUGGAGGGUCCUCAGGCAUGGGAGGGGGAUCCAGUGGUGGGUCUUCAGGAUCAAAGAGCAUCAUUGGAGGUGGAGGCAGUGGAGGCUCCUCUGGAUGGUGCUGUGGAGGGUCCUCAGGCAUGGGAGGGGGAUCCAGUGGUGGGUCUUCAGGAACCAAGAUCAUAAUCGGAGGUGGAAGUAGUGGAGGCUCCUCUGGAGGGUGUUGUGGAGGAUCCUCAGGCAUGGGAGGAGGAUCCAGUGGUGGUUCUUCAGGAUCAAAGAGCAUCAUUGGAGGUGGAGGCAGUGGAGGUUCCUCUGGAUGGUGCUGUGGAGGGUCCUCAGGCAUGGGAGGAGGAUCCAGUGGUGGGUCUUCAGGAUCAAAGAGCAUCAUUGGAGGUGGAGGCAGUGGAGGUUCCUCUGGGUGGUGCACUGGGGGCUCCUCAGGCUACGGCAUGGGAGGAGGAUCCAGCGGUGGCAGUGGGGGAUCCGGCCACAAGAUCAUCAUUAGGUCCGGCGGUGGAGGAGCUGGCUCAUCUGGAUGCUGCGGUGGGGGAUCCAGUGGGGGGUCCUCAGGUGGAAAGAUCAUCAUUGGCGGUGGAGGGAGCGGGGGGUCCUCUGGCUGCUGCAGUGGAGGAUCCAGCGGUGGCAGUGGCGGUUCCUCGGGCCACUCAAUCAUCAUCAGCUCCGGGGGUGGCAGUGGAGGCUCCUACCAGUCCACACAGCAGAAACGCCCCAUUGUCAUCCCCCAUAUCACGUCCCACCAGACCAAGCAGACCUGCCACUGGCCCCCCAGCCACCAGAAGUAA